CGUUUGGAAUGGCGCGCACGCUCCUAAUAUGUUAACGGACCAGUGAAGGCUCCGGCCGGCGAUUGCAAAACGGAGAGGCCGGAAAGUCCUGUGGAGCUUACAGGAGGAUGAGCUGGCGAGAAAGAAUGGGCGUAUGUACUAAAGAAUAUUAAAAAGAACGAGGCAAACAAGCAGAACGAAGACCGCGCCCUGCCUCUUUUACAUACAGCCGGCCUCCUGUACACAACGAGGCCUACCAAACUCCCCGGGGGCCGAGCCGGGUUGGCCGGAGGGGUGAGAGGGAUGUUGGGACUCGCCUGAGCCCUGCAGCCUCCUCCUCCGGCCACCAACUACCAUGGAGACUCACAUAUCGUGUCUGUUCCCCGAGCUCCUGGCCAUGAUCUUCAGCUAUUUGGACGUGCGAGACAAGGGCCGAGCGGCCCAAGUGUGCGCAGCCUGGCGGGACGCGGCCUACCACAAGUCCGUAUGGAGGGGGACCGAGGCUAAGCUGCAUCUAAGACGGGCCAACCCCUCGCUGUUUCCGAGUCUACAAGCCCGAGGUAUCCGUAAAGUACAGAUCCUGAGCCUUCGGCGUAGCCUGAGCUACGUGAUACAGGGAAUGCCCAACAUCGAGAGCCUGAACCUGAGCGGUUGCUACAACCUGACCGACAACGGCCUGGGCCACGCCUUCGUGCAGGAGAUCAGUUCUCUACGAGCGCUGAACCUAAGCCUGUGUAAGCAGAUCACAGACAGCAGCCUGGGCCGCAUCGCGCAGUACCUGAAGGGUCUGGAGGUGCUGGAGCUGGGGGGCUGCAGCAACAUCACUAACACUGGCCUGCUGCUCAUUGCCUGGGGGCUGCACGGCCUCAAGAGUCUCAACCUCCGCAGUUGCCGCCACGUGUCGGAUGUGGGCAUUGGUCACUUAGCUGGUAUGACCCGCAGCGCAGCUGAAGGCUGCCUGGGACUGGAGCAACUAACUCUGCAGGACUGCCAGAAGCUCACCGACCUGGCUCUAAAGCAUAUAUCCCGGGGGCUGCAAGGCCUGCGGGUACUGAAUCUCAGCUUCUGCGGGGGGAUCUCAGACGCAGGGCUGCUGCACCUAUCACAUAUGACCGGCUUAAGGAGCCUGAAUCUACGCAGCUGUGAUAACAUCAGUGAUACUGGUAUCAUGCACCUGGCCAUGGGAAGCCUACGUCUGUCCGGCCUGGACGUAUCCUUCUGCGAUAAGGUGGGAGACCAGAGCUUGGCCUACAUUGCCCAAGGCCUCUAUGGCCUCAAGUCCUUGUCACUGUGCUCUUGUCACAUCAGCGACGACGGUAUCAACCGCAUGGUGCGCCAGAUGCACGGCCUGAGGACACUUAACAUCGGUCAGUGUGUGCGGAUCACGGACAAGGGACUGGAGCUUAUAGCAGAGCAUCUGAGCCAGCUUACUGGUAUAGACUUGUAUGGCUGCACCCGCAUCACCAAGAAGGGGCUAGAGAGGAUCACACAGCUGCCCUGCCUCAAAGUGCUCAACCUGGGGCUCUGGCAGAUGACUGAAAGUGAGAAGGUCAGGUGAGGGCAGCUGAGACCUUUCUUGGUAUGAGACAUUGGGACUGACGCAUCAUACUGCCUAGGGGCCCCUCUGGAACAGCACUGUGCCACUUUGUAUCUGAUGCAGUGACACAUUGCAUCACAAAUGACAGCUCUCUCCUAAAGUGGAUAGUGUAGAUGGAAGUUGAGGGCCUACCCAAGUUGUUUCUUUUUGAGCAGUUUGCUACCACCUAACCAUCUCCAGGCACUGCACUGAUUAAAUGGACUUUAAAGUCAGAAAACGAACUGCUUUUAAAUUACAGGUUAUUUUCUGAUAAAUUGCCCUUAAUGUUUUUUUCUUUUUUCUUUCUGUGAUAUGGUAAGCUAAGAAAUGGUGUAAACUUCUAACCUUUGGUAGACAUGGUUAUAUUAAAGUAUAUUCAUUUUUAAGCUUAUUCAUUAUGAAAACAUUAUGUGGGUCUCUUGUCAGAAAAAAAUCUGUUCUUACAAUGUGGAGCAUGUUAUUUUAUGACUAUAAUGUACCUUUAACACCAUUUAUCACUUUUAGCAGAAUAUAUAUAUAUAUAUAUAUAUAUAUAUAUAUAUAUAUAUAUAUAUAUAUAUAUAUAUAUAUACUCUUGCCUGCUGUGCCCAGACAAAAGGUGGUAUAUCUGUAGUGUUGAGAUGGGUCUCACCCUAUUUUCUCCUAUCCUUAUUCUCCAGCAAUUUAAGGGUUAAUGGGAGCCACAAUGUUAACAUUUCCUUUUUUUUAUUUGCAAAUAAUACCUUGCCAGUGAAUAUGAAAUUCUUUAUGCAGACAUUCCUCUGUAACUUACCAAACACUUUUUGUUAGUAUUUCUUAAGAUACAGAACUAUGGUAUAUGUUUAGGCGGUUUUAAGUUUUUUUUUGUUUUGGUGUCACAUUUCCUUUAAAUAUUUCAGUACUCUUAUAAAAAAACAUCUGUCAAGUAUAUUCCUUAUGUCUGGCUACCUCAUUUUUACUUUAACCCUGGAACUCUGACCUAUAUUUGAGGACUGAAAGUAGAAUUUAUAAUUUGUUGUGCCUAGACUGGAAAGAUGUCCAACCCUACGGGUUCCUAAUAUAACUAACUUUUUGCAUUCUACAUGUGGUGUCUCUGCACCUAGCCUUUGGUUAACAAAAACACAGCUUAAUGUGUCUACAGAUGUACCAUUAAAUACAUUUUUGCUUCCUACUUUAGAAAUAGUUGGAAUUUUAAUAUAAAUCUAAACUACAUUUAAUGUUCUUGUUACUAUUAAUUCCCGUAUGCAAAGUACUUUAUGCAGUACUUUUGGCAUUUUUAAUCAAGUUUUAAACGCAUUUUGAAAACAGAGUUUCCAACCAUUUUCUUGAUUUCAUUUUUUUUAAAUUAAAAUACCCAUUUCUAUUUUUAUAAGUAUAUAUUUGAUUGGUUAGUAACUCUAACCAAUCAAAUUAACUAAUUCUAUUAACACAUUAUUUCUUUGGUGGCUGUUGGAAGUAAAAUACCUGGCCUUUUUUUACCUUUUCUUGCUGGAUGAAGCAUUAAACCUUGCAUAGCGUUACUAGUUAUGCUGCUGACAAGUCUAUAAUAUAUAUGCAAACAUCAGACUUCACCUGUUCCUUAUCCCCUAAAGAAAGGAGAGCAGCUUUUUUUUGUACAGUGUGGAGAUGAACUCUUAUUUUUUUCCUAUGAAUAUAACAAACUCAGCUGGUUUUAAAUUUUCUUUGAAAAUAAGAAUCUUUUUCAUUCCCUGUGCAUCUCCACAGCUCUCUAGCUCCUGCUGGAUUUCACCUAGAAAUGUGCCGAUUUUUUUUCUUUUCAUUGUAAUGUCUGUGAAUUUGUAUAAAAAUCCUCUGAAAACGCUUUAUAUUCUUACAGUUAAAGGUUAAACGGAUAUUUAUAUAAUAAAAGAGGAAAUAUGAUGUAUGUUUUUGACAAA